AUGCAUUCUGCUAUUCAGAAAGAAUAUAAAAAGAGACUCUUUAGUUCCCUGAAAGGUGAUGGAACAAAGAGGAUUGCUAUUGCAGCUACUUCACUAAGUAUGGGUGUAAACUUCCCGAAUAUCCGUUAUGUAAUUAUGUUUGGGCUACCAAGAAGUCUUUUAGAUUUACAUCAGCAAGCAGGUCGUGGUGGAAGAGAUGGAUUGCAGAGUGAUGUUGUGAUUGUUUUUUAUGGUCUACAAGUUUCCCAUUGUGACGAUGAUGUAAGACAAUUUGUCAAUACAACUGGCUGUUAUCGGAUUGCAGGUUAUGUAGCUUUUGAUACACACAUUACUGCCCUAUUGCCUGCACACCUGUGCUGUAAUUAUUGUGCUGGAACUUGUACUUGUAUUUCUGAUGGAUGUGCUGAACCAGCAAAACCUUUUGAGACACUGGCUGUUCAAAAGAUCUUUCAGAAUCAUCAGUCCAGAAUAGUUUCUGAUGAAGACAAACAUUUGUUGUCAGAAUCAUUGCAAGAGCUAAUGAAAGGUAUGUUUGCUCCCACAAUGUCACCAUUUGGCAUUACUUCUAGCCAUGGUUUCUCACAAGAACUUAUAUCUGAUGUUGUAUCCAACUGUCACUGCAUUUUCACAGAAGAUGACAUUUAUCAUCUUGUACCUAUCUUUUCAAAAACCCAUGUCACCAAGAUCCUAGGCAUAUUUAGUGAAAUAUUUGACGACAUUGAUGAGUGUGCACUUAUACGUGAAGUGGCUGUUGACCAACAGCAAACAAUAAACCAUGUUACAAUAUUAAAUGAGUUCAUUAGCACAACUGGUUAUCUUGAAGUGGAUCCUGAAUUUGAGGAUCUGGAUAUUUUAAGUGAUGAAUGA